ACCCUUAAAUGUAUAUAUGAGACACUCUUUCUAGAUUGUGGACAAGUCUCUCUACGCGCGCUGUCUCCUGUGGGUGAAUCCUCCUUUCCCUGUCUUCUAGGUUCCAUGGCUUGGAUCACCCGGUUUCUAGCAGUUGUUACCUUCUUCGCAAUUGGGAUUGUUUUCUCUUCUCAAACCUUCACUUCCACGAACCCAUCGGGGGUUAUCUCUUCUUCUCUGAAACUCGCCCAUUUAUUGAGCUUCUCCACUGCAUGGGGAGCUGCCUUAUGGGUCACCUUCAUAGGUGGAAUCAUCAUGUUCAAGAAUUUACCUAGGCAUCAGUUUGGCAACCUCCAAAGCAAAAUGUUUCCGGCAUAUUUUUCUACAGUUGCUGUUUGUGGGGCAAUAUCAGUGGCUGCAUUUGCUUAUCUCCAUCCUUGGAAGUCCGCCUCAGGGACUGAGAAGCUUCAGCUGGGUUUUCUCUCUUCUUCAUUCUUGUUUAACCUGACAAACUUGUUUAUAUUCACACCCAUGACCAUUGAGAUGAUGAAGCAAAGGCACAAGGUUGAGAGAGAAGAAGCAAUUGGUGAUGAAAUUGGCUGGACAAAGAACCAGGAAGUUGCCAAAAAGAACCCUAAAUUGGCAGCUAUGAACAAGAAAUUUGGUAUGAUUCAUGGUCUAUCUUCACUCGCAAAUGUGUUGUCAUUUGGCAGUCUUGCCAUGCAUUCUUGGUACUUGGCUGGUAAGAUUCAGUUGUAAUAUUGACAUGCUUCCUUGUUGCAUUCUAUUGUGACUUGUGAGCAAUGAUGUUAAGGGCCUUUGGUUCUAUCUAAGGUGCAUCAUCUAUUAUGCUAUGACUGGAAAUCUCUCUCCGGACGAUUUCAGAUCUUAGCAAACUUACUAUUAUGCAUGCAAUCGUAUUCUGUUCUCAUGUACUGAAAUAACAAUAUAUUUCUAAGGACAAAGCAAGUGUAUUCUUGUGGUAUAUGCUUUAUUGAUGGGUUAUUACAUGUUACCUA